AUGGAAAACAAACCAGAAAGUGCAAAUGAAAAGAAAACUAUAAACAAAGCUAAGUCUUACAAUAAUGGGCAGAGCGGUCCUCCGCUGAAGAGUAAAUGUGAGCCGUCGAAGCGCAAGUCUUUCAAUGUGAACGAUGCGGUCAUGUCGCUGGAUUUGGCGCUGGGCAGGCUGAAGAAGAGUAAGCUGGUGAACGGGGACAGCAGCACCGGGCGCGCGGCGGGGGCGGCACCGGCGGGGGCCGCGCCAUCGCUGCGCCGCGUCACCGCGCCCUCCGACAUGUUCAUGGACAUCUCCAGCCCCAGCUCCAACAUCAAUCCGGGGCUGACGAACGCGUCGCUCAUGUCAAUGAACUUCUCCCACUACGAGCUGAUGCGCAACUUGUCGCGCUCCAACUCCAACUCGGAGGGCGCAUUCAGCGGCACCACUUGCAACACCUACUGCGCCGACAACACGCUCAGGGACGAACACCUCGAGAAGUACUUCCGCAGCGUCGAGAUGUGGAACAGGAAGUACCGGGACGGCGGCGGGGGCGCCGGCAGCGGACCCAGCGUCCACUUUGAAAUUCCAGAAAAAUAA